CAAAAGUCAGCGCGGCAGGCCGGAGUCCGCCAAGAUGGCGACUCCCAUGCAUCGCCUUAUAGCGCGGAGACGAGCUGAAGCAAAUAAGCAACAUGUAAGGUGUCAGAAGUGCUUGGAAUUUGGACAUUGGACUUAUGAAUGCACUGGGAAAAGAAAAUACCUACAUAGGCCCUCAAGAACAGCGGAACUAAAGAAAGCUUUAAAGGAAAAAGAAAACAGAUUAUUAUUACAGCAAAGCAUUGGAGAAACUAAUAUAGAAAGAAAAACCAAAAAGAAAAGGGCCAAAAGUGUAACGAGUUCCAGUAGUGACAGCAACGACAGUUCAGCCAGCGAUUCUUCCUCAGAGAGUGAAGACUCAUCUACCUCCUCCUCAGAGGACAGCGAUUCCUCCAGCUCCUCCAGCUCCUCGUCCUCCUCCACAACCUCUUUCUCCUCCUCGGACUCAGACUCAAGCUCUGCCAGCAGCAGCAGUAGCAGCGGUGGCAGCAGCAGCAGCAGCAGCACAGAGAGCAGCUCUGAGGAGGAGCCUCCGAGGAAGAGGAAGAAAAAAUAGGAUUUCCCAUCCACGUCGGACCAAUGGACUGAGAACACCCGUGAGAGUCCCAGAAGGGAACUUAGACAAUGUUAAAGCCAAAUAGAUUGAAUUGUUCAGAAUUUCUAGAGUUCAAAAGUUUCUAAGUGUUUUACAUUGUACAAGCAUAAAGAGCAUUAAAAAUGAGCUAUAUAAAGACUUUUAUUUUGGAAGUGAAUUUUUUUU